AUGAAAAAAGUAUUAAAGUCUUUGUGCCUAAUUCUCUUGACUACCCCUGCAUGUUUUAUAUAUUGCUUAUACUCAAAAGACUCUCCAGUAAAAGUAGUCACUGGUAAUCAUUUAAAUAAAAUAAUUAAAGAACAUCCAGUAGUAAUUGCUGAAUUCUUUGCCGAGUGGUGUGGGCACUGUAAAGCUUUUGCACCUGAGUAUGAGAAAGCAGCUAGUGCCUUAAAGGGUAUAGUACCAUUAGUUGCAAUUAAUAAUGAAAGUGAUAUGACAGAAUAUGGAAUCAAGGGAUUUCCAACAGUUAAAGUCCUUUCAAGUUCUUUUAAUAAACCAAAGGAUUAUUCGGGUCCGAGAACUAGUGAAGGAGUAGUUAAUGCUGCAUUAGCUGCUUUAAAGGAUGUUGCUAACUCACGCUUAAGUGGCAAGAAAACAGAUAAUAAAAAAUCAAACAAAUCUGAAUUUAGUAAAGGAAAAGAUAAAAAAAAGAAAACAACGAAAUCUGAUGUUGUAGAAUUGACAGACUCAAAUUUCGAUAAGAUAGUGUUAGAAGAUCAAGAAUCAUCCUGGUUUAUCAAAUUCUACGCUCCUUGGUGUGGUCACUGCAGAAAUCUUGCUCCAGAUUGGGAAGAGCUAGGAUAUCUAGCUAAGGGAAAAGUUAAAAUUGGCAAAGUUGAUGCUACACAACACACAAUGGUAGCACAAAGGUAUCAGAUCCAAGGUUUCCCCACUUUAUUGAUGUUCCCUUCAGGAAAUAAGAAGGAAUUGAAUCCAAUCCCCUACAAUGGACCGAGGUCAGCUAGUGAUUUAAUGGAAUUUGCAGCUAAAUUUCAAUCUCGAAUAAUUAAAGUUGAACAAUUGUUAAAUCAAGAAAAGUUCGAAGAGAAUUGUAGUAAAGGACUCUGUGUGAUUGCCUUCCUUCCAAAUAUAGUUGAUAGUAGUGUCUCAGAUAGGCAAAAGUAUUUGGAAGACUAUAAGAAAGUAAUUAAAGUUUCUGCUGCUGUUCCAGUACGAUUCUUAUGGUCCGAAGGAGGAAGUCAGUUCGAAUUUGAAGAAAAACUCAAUUUGGCAUUUGGUUAUCCUGCUACUAUUGCCAUUAAUGUAGAAAAGCAAAGAUUUUCUACUCAUAGAGGAAGUUUUACUGUGGAAUCUUUGAACUCUUUUCUGACUGCUCUCACCACUGGUAGAGCUCCAGUGGACCCUCUACCUAAAUUACCACCUAUUGUUACAGUUGAGCCUUGGGAUCCUAAGGAACAAACUCCAAUACAAGAUGAACUCUAA